AGAUUCAAGUAUCUAACAGGGAAGUUCCGUCUUUCAAAUAACUAAACACAAAUAUGAUUUUGAAUUAGAUAUUUUUAUGAUGUAAUUGGAUAUUAUGCAAUAUCAUGAUGAAUUUUGUUCAGUGUUUGUCUCUUUGAUUAAUUAAAAAGUUGCAAAAAGGAAGUUAUCUGCGAAUGAAGUACAAUAAAGUGAUGGUGUGUGAUGAAUAGUCAAAGACAAUCAGUGUUAUCUAUUAUAAUAAAUACUUCGAUGUUAGACAAGUGAUAUGUGCAUUAUGGCCAAGAUCAUCUUAGUAACACUGCUUAUGUGCAUCAUGUAUUCUGGAGGAAACAGUUUGGCUUUAACUGAGAAGCGUAUGCCCGAUAAAUUUGAAUGCAACAGUAACUAUUCUACAAGAUAUUCGGGACUGAGGAUAGAAAAUGGUGCAACUGAUGCACAGAUUAAAGAUUGUUUAGAGACCAGCAAUCAUACUGAGGCAUUGUUGCUACGAAACAGUCAUUUAAGUAGUAUUCCAAAGUAUUUAGACACAAUGGGAAAUCUUGAGUAUAUAGAUUUAUCAUACAACGCUAUAACGGAAGUUACAUUUGAAGGAAUCGAAAGCAUUUGUCAACAACUUACACACCUUUUACUAAACAAUAAUAACAUCGAGGUCUUGGAAAAGGGGAUCUUGAUUGCUUACAGUCCCUACAAUAUCUUUACCUUGGAAACAACAACCUUAGAUAUGUGGAAAAUGGAACAUUCAGUGAAAAAAUGAAGAGUAUAAAAUAUAUAGAUCUAGUUAAUAAUAGCCUAACAGUUUUAGACUCUAGCUUACUAAGUAAACUAAAACUGUCUCAUAAUAUGAAGCUAGUAAUAAACGCGUCAAGGAACUUUAUUACAGGAAUUACUAAUUCGGCAAAUAUAACGAUAAAUGAUUUCAGCGAUAAAAAGGCUAUAUUCAUCAUAGCAACACACAAUAAUUUUACAACUGUUGACAUCAAUUAUUAUCUCAAACUAUUGAAUGUCACAGAUUAUGUACGUUUAUUACGAUUGUGGACCACCGGGUUCGACUUGCGUUUUAAUCCGUUUAUUUGUGACUGUGCACUUUAUCCUGUAGCUGACGCUCUUAGAAGGUUUUGGCACAUGAAUCUGAGGCCAGAUGUACCUAUAUUUUCAGUGACAUGUGGAAGUCCUCCUAGUCUGGCAGGAAUGUUGGUACGCAACGUUCCAACUGAUCAGUUCAAUUGUUCUGUUGAGUGCCCAAAUAAGUGUAUAUGUAACAAAACCGAUGCACGUGGCCUCAUGACCAUCCACUGUAAUGAAAAGUAUAUAGAAAAUAAUCUCCCAAAGACAAUUCCACAUGCUAAAAGGAUAAACCUCAAUAUUAAAUCUAACAAAUUGACAACACUCUCUUUCAGAGAAUAUCUCCGUAAUGUCUCACAAUUUGAUGUAUCUCAGUGUGCAAUUACAACCAUAGAAACAUCGUUUGUUGACAUGAUAAAAGAUGCUUCUUUCGAUGCUUUAUUUUUAAAUGAUAAUAGACUUAAAACGAUACCAAGGUCUUUUAAAAACCUUAAUUUCAGCAAAGGACAGGUCUUGGCGUUGGAUGGAAAUCCAUUCAUUUGUGAUUGCCAUUCCCAUUGGAUGAAAACUUGGCUUCGUUCCAACAAAAAGCACAUUUUACGGCGGAAUAACACUAGAUGCGCAACUGGUCCAGGUAAAGGCAAGCCAAUACAUGAAGUACCAGACAAUUUAUUUAUUUGCGAAUCUUUUACAAACAUCGACGAACUACUUUCCGUGAUUGGCUCAAUUACAUUUCUCGCACUUCUUCUUGUUAUUUUGUGGUAUAAAUCUAAAAGUAUACAAGUAUUCAUGAUAUCACAUUUUGAUAUAUGCAAGUAUUGCUGCCGGAAGAGAAAACACCGCCAGUUGUUGUACGAUAUCUUCAUUCCUCACUCAUGUGAGGACGAUGAUGUUAUCAAACCUAUUGUUGAUUAUCUUGAAAAUCACCAUCCGCCAUAUAGGGUAUGCAUUGGCGAGAAAAACUUUAAACCAGGUAAAACAAUAUCUGAAAAUAUACUGGAUGCAAUUGAAUCCAGUCAAACAACUUUGCUUGCCAUUUCCAAUAACUUCAUAAGGAGCACGUGGUGUAACAUGGAGUUUCGUGAAGCUCACAUGAGGUUUCUGAAAGACAGGAAUAUCAAUAUGCUGUUGAUUGUGUUAGAGGAAUUAGACAACAAUCUUAUUGGCAAGGAGUUAAAAAUUUACAUGGAAACGCAUGUGUACAUCAUGUAUAGGGACACUCAGUUUUGGGCAAAGCUUUUACAAAGCCUUCCUAUUAUGAUUGAACCAUCUGUUACUGACGGAAAGUAGUUGUUUUAAAUUAGAUCAGACACUUGACAAACAAGAAAAUACACAAGUACGGGGAAUACUUAGAAUACUAUACAAUACUAUAAAUUGGAGGCGUUAUACAUAUAAAAACAGUUACAAGUUGUGUAUACUAUUUAAAUAUUCAAGAUGUAUGUUCGAUUGACCAUAGAACGUCUUUGUUUUUUCGGGCAAGUCUUUGCUAUUUCGCACACAUGCAUAUUGAACAAAAUACUAGUCUGCUUUUUCUGCGAUGUUUUAUCCAUUUAGCAAUGAUUUCAUAUUUUAAGAGAAAAUAAGAUUAUUUACUAUAUUCCUUUCAUUCAAACUGUUUGAAAAUAUUAUGCUUUAAACUUCAGGUUGUGCAGGAGAUUACAGCUUUAUACACUUUAAAAAGAUUUUUUUAUAUCUUCCUAUUGUUCGUUAUAUUUGUUGACUUAAUUAGCGUAUGUGCGCCCAGUUAAGUUACACCCUAUAAAUACUUGUAAUUUACUGUAUAAUAAAUUAUGUAUUUUAUGUAAAUUAUGUUAUAUUAACAAAUUGCUGUACAACAAUCUAUAUAAUAUAUUAAAUUACACAUUGUCUUUUUUCGACAAGCGGACACACAGAUUGACAUUUACGGGAAAGUUGUAUUUACUUAUUCCUUUAUCAUUUUCGUUUUGUUCAUUAUUGUUGCUUACUAAUACCAUAUCACUUGUCACAUAGAUAGGCCUAAUAAACCUUUUAUAUAUUUUUUUGCAAAGGUAUGACAAUAUCCCUAUAAUCCCUACUUUUUAAGCCGCUAAUACCCACUGAUUUCCUUCUGUUAAAAACAAUUGAGUCAUUUUGCCCUACAAUGUCAAAGGAGGUUGCAUGUCAGCCUGUAUACUAGUACAUGUAUAAAAACAUACAACGUAAACUUUAAACUUUGAUACAUGUUCGAGGUAUUUAAUCAUUCAGGUUUAACGCCUCAUUUAUGUUCCUGCGUAAGACAUAGAACUUUAAGUCCAGUAUUUCAUUAGUUUGGUUCUUGUUAAAUUAUUAUCAUAAUGGUCGAUAAUUCUAUGGUUUUUAGAUGUAUUUAUUCCAUUUACGCUUGCUAUAGGUACGCUCCAAUACCUUAUUUGCAAUACCCUAUUUGAAAUAAUUCAUAUUUAUAAUAUAUUACUCCUCAUAUAAUUUUCCAUUUUUCAUGAUUCUCCGUUAGUCCGUGAUUCCGAGUAAACAGUGUACUCAGCAGAGUGGCUUGACAAUGUCGUUGCGGAAUAACACUGCACUGUUGUUCAGCAUGUUACAAUGCACAGUCUUUACAGUAUGAAACUUUACUUUGAUAAUGAUGAUUUUAAUGUUAGUACUUUGCAAAAACAAAUCUACCAAAUGAUAUAACAUAUUUUCAGAUUGGGAAACAAUGUAUCCAAAACGGGAAGCAGCUUUUAUCAUGUGAAACUAAACUUUUUAAUUAAUCUUAAGUCCGAAUUAUUUCAAUUGUAAGUCCUUUAUACCUGAGUCAUUUCCGACCCAAUAGGACUUCAGAUUUAUCUUUUCUACAUCACAUAGUGAUUUUCUAAUGUUAUUAGGGUAAAAAACUAUUUUUACACAGGUCAUUCCUUCUGAGGUGCCGUUAAAUAGAUUAAUGAACUUUCUGUUUGGGAAGGACUUUAAAAUUUACUGACUGAUCUGGAACAACACUGAAGGGGAAACCCCUUGUUUUCUAACAGGAAGUAUGUCCGAUUGAUAACUUUUCAAGUUGAACAGCAACGUAAAAGAAUCGAAUACAACUGCAAAUCAUUGCAUCUUAUAAUCUAGAUACUAGCUUUUUGACCUGUACAGAGACCUCUGAAAACGUUAAAGUCUUAUAUAUAGAUAUCUAUUAUACUAUUUAUCUACCAAUCGGUCAUUUUAUCUUGCUGCUAUAGUAGUUAAAUAAAUAAUUCGUUGAGUUAUAAUACAUUGGUAAAAUAUUAUUUUGACUACCUUUUUCAAUUGUGCAGUGUGAGCUUGGUAUAAUUCUAUUUUCAGGACAUAAACGAUUCUAUAAAUUCCUCAUCCGUUCCUGUCAGAUUUUCAUAACAAAGAUUACGAUUAUCGUUACAAAGAAUUAACCUUUUAAGUAACUGUGUUUGCUAAAAAAUAUGAAUGAGGAUUGAAAAUAUAUAAACAAUUGAAUUAAAUUUAUAUACAAACUCUCAAGUAAAAACUUAGUUGUAACUUACAGAUCGAAAUAUACUUAACCUUGAUUUUUUAAGUUACACAUUCAGAUGUAUUUAAUGAAAAUCUGUUAAUUUAAAACAUGUUUUGAUAUAUUGAUUAAAAUUAUUGAAAAUAAAAUGUGGAAAUCAAGAAAAAGCUCCUAUGCUACCCGACGAUGUUACAGUACUUCAAAAUAUAUGAUUUUAAGAUGUACCGGUGAAUUAUGCGUGUUCACUGAAUGGUAAAUGUUGCAUAUAAAAUAUAAGUAACCAUAUUUGCAAUAAUUAUUUAUUUAUGUUUUAAGCAGCAUGAUAUGGCAACAUUUGUCAAAGGAAUAUAUUUGUUAUCUGAUGGUUUCAAC